AUGGCUUUUGUUGCGGACGAAUUCUUCCCUGCAAUGGAUGUGACAACCUCCAAUGAAUGGGUUGACUUUGAUCAAUUCCUCGAUCUCCCUACAGGCUACGACGACCAGUCGACUGCCACCACCGUCUCACCUCAGGACCUAGCUCUGCCUUAUGAGACGGAUGGGAUCUUUACCUCUCCAUCUGAUUGCAUGCAAUCCUCGUUCGAUAUGACUAGCUAUGACCUCCCACAAGAAGACUUCAUGGGAAUGGAUGGAGGGUUCAUGCAGGACCCGGCUGCUCCUUUGUUUGAUGACGCUGCGUUCUUGGGGUACAACCCAUACGACAGCACCAACACGUUCCGGAACCUGGUUGAGGCGCAGGCCGCCGCUGAUCCGCGCGUCGCUACCAUCAAGGAGAAGCGCCGCGAGGCAGCCAUUGCGCUGCACCUGCAGCGCCUUUGUGAUGCCACUGCUCUCGACUUGGAUAUGUCCUCGGACUCCAACACCAGCUUCUCAUCACCAAGCUGGUCAGAAUACGUUCGCGGGAGCAGCUCUCCGCGCCCUAGCCCAGAGAACACAUCUGUUUCCGAGGCACCCCCUCCUGGAGGCAUGGAGAUGGUUCUCGACUUGAACAUGAACGCCGCUGCCAAUGUGCCUAAGAAGCAGAAGCCUCGCUCUCAGGCACAGAAGGAGAACUACAUCAAGGCUCGGAAGUACGGUGCUUGUGAGAAGCACAAGAAGCAGCACAAGCGAUGCAAUUGCCUGGAGAAGGCUGCUGCUCGUGUCACUGCCAACGAUGUUCCGAUGAAUGCCGCACUGCAGGACAGGCCGAGGCGACCGAUGCUCCAAGUGCCGAUUCCAGAGGCGCGCUACUCGGACUCGCCGGGUCACGACACAUCGUCCAACUCACCUCAAACGCUUCCAACCAUCAAGGUAACCAGGAAACUACCAAGCAGCUCAUCUGGAAUCGAGCCAUCCGCGGGACUGCCUGUUGCGGUUCCAGCCGCCAAGCAAAUUGUCAGGACGAAAGCUCAAAAGAGUGCGCCGCCGGGACACGACAUUAUUUUGCUCUCUGGCAGGCCAGAUUCCAAGUGCACGUCGAGCCAAGACAGCGUUCUACCAUCGAGCAGAAACACCGCGAAAGGUCAGUCUCCUGGACACGACACACUCCUAUCUGGCAAGAACAUCGUCGCAAACAACUCAUCCCCGGGACACGAGAGACUCCUUACCCGAGGGAGGACCUCAAAGAACGCAGGAAGUGGACAACCCCACGACCCCUGCAGUUCAAGUGCACCUCGGCCGGUUCACGCAGCUGGGCUGCCAGGUGGCAGCUCCAGCUUGCGCUGGCGCGUUUCGACCUCGUCAGUUGGUGUUGUAUGUUCGGAGAAGACUGAUGUCAAGACAAAAUCCUCGGCGAAUCAUGCAACUGCUGGCGUGGGUCACACUCCAGGUCUCGACGUACACCGAACGAGACCCACUCGCACGAUGGAAAGGACUGCGGUGCCAGGUACUGUUGCUGGCAAUCUUGGGAUGCGCCAUUCCGCAUCGCUCGUACACAAUUCCGGAAUCCAAGUGCCUGGACCGGAUCACAGGAGAGUUUCAGAGGGGCUUGCCAAGCAACUCGCAAUACUCUCUGGCUUGCAGUCUGUGCCGAAGGAUCUACUGGUCUCGCCGGCUCGGCGUGGAUCGCCAGAUCUCUUUGGAAACGGAUCACCGGAUAACCUCGAGUGUCGGCCACUGCUCAUUAGUACGAGUGGUCUCUUCGCUCGGCCUGUUGCUGAAAAUGUUGGCUGCCUGCUUUCCAGCACUGCCGUGGCAUUUGCUGGUGCCUGGCAAUCAUCGCUGUCUCUGGCCUCUGGGGUUGAGGGCAUGGUCUACAAAUGUCUGUCUCUGUUUGGCCGACAGGUUUGGUCUGCGAAGAAGCGCUCAUAUCUGGGCGGGCUUCGGAAAGCUUGGUUCGUAUGA